CUGGCGUUACCUGGCGUUAACAUAACAAGAGACUCGGUGUUUUGCUAGUUCGAAGGCUAUUAAAACGCAUUCUAUCAAGGAUUCGGCAGUAGGAUUCGCGAGUGAACAUGGUAAUACACAUGAGCAUGCCGGUCUGCUACGUUGGACUUUUGACAAGUCUCCUUUGUCUACUGAGCUGUGUGCGGGUUGGAGAAACACUAGAAGGACCACCAGGAAGUGUCUGCCCAGGACUUGGCAAUGUGACCCAGGAGUGCUGUGAAGGAUGGGUCCGUGCGGGAGAAACGUGCACUGUGAGGACAUCUCCAGACAACAGAGGAACAGAGUUUGUGGUCGGCUUCAUGCAGAACUACGAAGAUGUGAACUCCACGAGCGAACCCGAGCUGGAGCUGUUCCUGACCAGCGCGAGCUCAGAACCCGCCAACGUCACCAUCGCCGCUCCAGGUGCCAACUACACGGAGCACCUGGUGGUGACUACCGCAGCUGUGCAGCUGGUCACCCUGCCGCUCUCCCUGAUGCUCAACGGAACCGAGCGGGCCCAGAAAGGCGUCCAGGUCACCGCCGACCGAGAGAUCAUCCUGUACGGCGUGAACAAGGAGAGGCACACCACAGACGGCUUCCUGGGUCUUCCUGUCGACGUUCUCGGUAAAGAGUACUUCGUGGCUUCUUACACUGCCCUGGAUUGGAGCUUACCGUCCGAAUUCGCCGUCUUCGGUGUUGAAAACGGCACCUCGGUCAACGUCACUCUGAAGGGGUGGGUGUACCACGACGGCAGGGACUACUAUCCCGAGAGCGUCAUCACGUUCACGCUAGACCGUCUGGAGGCUGUGCAGAUUCAGGGCAGGUACGGGUCGGAUCUUACGGGGAGCCGCAUCGUGUCGGACAAGCCGGUGUCCGUCAUGUCCGGCGUGCGGUGCACCUACGUGCCGAAGGAGUACUGCUGUUGUGACCACCUGGUCGAGCACGUCCCGCCCGUCAACACCUGGGGGCGGCGCUUCGUGACGGUGCCGCUCGCCGUGCGUGAAGCGGGCGACAUCUUCCGCCUGGUGGCUGCUAGAGACAACACCACCGUCAACGUCACUGGUGUACACGUAUCUCCUCGUACGCUGGACGCUGGCGACUUCUGGGAGCUGGACCUUUGGAACAGCACCGACACGCACAUGACAAUCGCCUCCUCGCUGCCAAUCAUGGUACUGCAGUUCAGCAAAGGGCAGGAAUCCGACAACAUCACCACGGACCCCUUCAUGAUGUACCUGCCGCCGGUGGAGCAGUUCGCCGCCGACUACACCUUCGCCACGGUCGACGCGCUGACGUCUACGGCCUACACCAACUUCGUGAACAUCGUCAUCAAGACGUCAGAAACGUCCGGGCUGACGUAUGACGGCAACCCGCUACCUAACGCCACGACCUGGUCACCCAUCCCAGACACCGAUCAGUCCGCCACGCAGCUGUACAUCGCCACCAACGGGACACACAAGAUCAAGCACCAGUCCGCCAUUGUCACCUUCUCCCUGCUGUACUACGGCUUCUCCUCCUACGACUCCGUGGGGUUUCCAGGGGGUCUCCGAUUGGCCAGCAUCUCCGGCGGAUGUGACGUCACAGAACCAAUCGCUGGCGACGGCGUCGACAACGACUGUGACCAACUGGUGGACGAGGAACUACUGAACGGAAUAGAUGAUGACAGUGACGGUCUAAUUGACGAAGAUUUGGCUGACAUCAACCAUGACGUGGAUGAGUGUGGACUCGGGUGGGCUGACUGCCACCCUGACGCAGUCUGUGUGAACACACACGGGUCGUACAAGUGUGUGUGUAAACCUGGAUUCACCGGAGACGGCAAGACUUGCUGGGCCAGGAGCACGUGUGCUGCCUACGGAGACCCCCACUACAUCACGUUCGACGGGGGCACGCACCACUUCCAGGGCGCGUGCACGUACACACUCGCGCAGAACUGUCACAACCACACCCUGCCUUACUUCAACGUCGAGACCAGGAACGAAAACCGCUACGGCAACCCGCGCGUCAGUUACGUCACGGACGUCACAGUGGAGGUCUACAACCACAGAAUUGUGGUGGAGAAGAACAAGAUUGUCUAUAUUGACCACGUGAUCACAACUCUGCCGGCCGAACCACGGGCCGGUCUAACAGUCAAGUUCGUGGGUCUGUACGUUACCAUAGAGACAGACUUCGGGCUGAAGGUGUCGUUUGACGGGAACCAUCGCGCCGAGGUCGUCCUGCCCGACCUGUACCGCAGCGCCCUCUGCGGACUGUGUGGGAACUACAACGGCGACGUCAGUGACGAAUACCUGACACCUGACGGCACACAGGCUGCUACCGAUGUACAGUUCGGCAACAGUUGGAAGGUUGAGAGGGAAGGCGAACAAUGUAUCGAGAACCCAGAACCCCCCGCGCAGUGCAGCGACGCCCUCCAGCAGAUUGCAUCGGAACUGUGCGGAACUCUGAACGACCCAAACAGCGUGUUCGCACCCUGCUACUCAACCCUCAAUCCAGAGAGUACUGUUGAGACGUGCAUGUAUGACAUGUGUGCCCUGGACGGAGACCUCACGUCCCCGUGUAACAACCUGCAGGCCUACGCAGACUCCUGCGCUGAGGCUGGCAUCAACAUCGGGACAUGGAGGAAUGCAACCUUCUGUCCACUCUCCUGUCCCGGAAACAGUCACUACAGCUCCUGUGCCAGCGCCUGUCCUGCCACCUGUACAGACGUGUCUGCACCACAGUACUGUAACUUCACAUGUGUGAAAUUUUCUCCCAGCACUCUCCUGUCCCGGAAACAGUCACUACAGCUCCUGUGCCAGCGCCUGUCCUGCCACCUGUACAGACGUGUCUGCACCUCAGUACUGUGACCGCCCGUGUGUGGAGGGGUGCGAGUGUGAUGUCGGAUACGUCCUGAGCGGACGGGACUGUGUGGCCAGGCAACAGUGUGGCUGCACUCGCGGUGGAUAUUAC